AUGGCGGGCAGAGUUCGUCAGCCCAUCGACGAGGUUGCCUUCAGCAAGUUCCUGGGCGAAAAUGUGCCCGAGAUUAAGCUGCCGAUUGACCUGAAGCAGUUUGGCUUUGGUCAAUCCAACCCGACGUACCAAAUCACGGCCGCCGACGCGCGCAAGUUUGUCAUGCGCAAAAAGCCCCCCGGCAAACUCGUCUCCAAGACGGCGCACAAAGUCGAGCGCGAGUACCGCAUCAUGCAUGCCCUCGAAAACACCGACGUCGCCGUCCCCAAGACCUACUGCCUCUGCGAGGACGACUCCAUCAUCGGCACGCCAUUCUACAUCAUGGAGUUUCUGGACGGCCGCAUCAUCGAGGAUUUUACGCUGCCCGACGUGAGCCCGCAGGAGAGGACUGCCAUGUGGAAGGCCGCGAUUGAGACGCUGGCGCGCUUCCACGCCGUUGACUACAAAAAGGUUGGGCUGGGGCAGUACGGGAAGCCGAGCGGCUUUUACAACCGCCAGAUUCAGACGUGGAGCACGAUUUGCAUGGCGCAGGAGGCGAUUGAGGAUGUGGAAACGGGCGAGAAGGUCGGCCGGCUGCCGCGGUUCGAGGAGACGGUUGGGUUCUUUAUGAACGAGCAGCGGCAGCCGGCUGAUCGUACAACGCUGGUGCAUGGGGAUUACAAGAUUGAUAACUUGGUCUUUCACAAGACGGAGCCGAGGGUGAUUGGAAUCUUGGACUGGGAAAUGUCCACCGUCGGCCACCCGCUCUCCGACGUGUGCAACCUGCUUAUGCAGUUCUACACGGCUCGCCACUCGGGGGCUGCGCCAGAGUCAGCAAAGGGCUUUUUGCCCGGCCGCACGCCGGGUCUGCCGACCGAGGCGCAGCUGCUGCAGUGGUAUGCCGCCAUCACGGGUUACAACCCGCAGCCUGACAUGAGCUGGGGCAUGGCGUUUAACAUCUUCAAGCUGGCCGCCGUGUGCCAGGGCAUCGCGGCCAGGUACGCGAGGAGGCAGGCGAGCAGUGAAAAGGCGAAGCAGCAUGCCGUUACGAGGGUGCCGCUGGCUGAGUUUGCGUGGGAGCUGGCCCAGGAGGCGGACGGCAAGGCUGGUUCGAAGCUGUAG